CUCCUGGCUCACUGCGCUACAGCCGACGUAAAGUGGCGCGCUAGACUGCGCAGUCGCAGCAGAGCAGGCGAGGCGCAAGUAGACGGUCCCCAGCAGCAGCAGCAGCAGCCGCAGCCAUGGCAGAUGGAAAGCCCAAGGAGGGAGUAAAGACGGAGAACAAUGAGCACAUCAACCUGAAGGUGGCAGGACAGGAUGGCUCAGUGGUGCAGUUUAAGAUCAAAAGGCACACUCCUCUCAGCAAACUGAUGAAAGCUUACUGUGAACGGCAGGGGCUGUCAAUGAGGCAAAUACGAUUUCGAUUUGACGGUCAGCCCAUCAAUGAAACAGACACACCUUCGCAGCUAGAAAUGGAGGAUGAAGAUACAAUUGACGUGUUCCAACAGCAAACUGGAGGCUCUCCUCUUUAAAGACUGUUUCCUAUAAACAUCCCUACCUCCCCCUUUUCAUCCCUGAACAUCUUUGUUAUACCCACUCUUCAAAUGCUCAUGACCAGUGUUGAUACCAUCCAGUGGAAUAUUUACACAAAAUACUCGAAGACAGCAGCACAUUUGGUGUUGAGUUUUCACACUGUCAUUCACAUGUUAACAUGUCUGAAUUGCACAGCGUAGACAACAUGUAGGCUGCAGUCAGUCUAAUAUGCCGAAGAAAUGGAAAACUGUUUUCUGUUUGUUUUUCAGAAUUUGGGGGAAAAAACCUUGGUCCUGCUUUUGCUUUUAUACUCACCAAGGCUUUGAUUCAGAUGGAGGUUUAUCAUUGAUGUAACCUUGUGUUUUAAAUUCACUGACAUCUGUUAUUAUGAAAAUGUAUUAUUGGAAUAAAUUGAGUCUUUUUUUUUUUUUUUUUACAAAUAUGAUUUUAGUUUUAUUGUGUGUGUGUGUUUUAAUAACAUCUGAAAAUUUCAAACAUUGUUUGCAGGUUUAGCAGCAAUCACUUUGCUACAACUGUGUAAGUCAGUAACGUGUUUCCAGGCUAUAAAACAACAAUGACGUGUCUUCAAAGUAAUUUAGAAAAUGAUAGUCUUCAGACAGCAGUUUGCUAUGUGUGAUUACUACUUGUAGAAGGCAAAGAUCUUGUAUAACAGUGUGCUGUUGUGAGUGCAUUAUCUUAAGUUUCAUCAUUCCAU